AUGGUGUACACCCUUUAUGAGGGCUUUGUUCUCCAGACAAAGCGGGCUUUAACCGCGCUUUCCUAUAUUCUUCACAAAGCCGAGGAGGGGCCCAACGCUUCCUGUCUUCCGUCCUGUCGACUCCACAAUGACAUGAAAUCACUUAGCUAUCAAAUAUUCGCGGCAACAACGCAAACAUUACUAGCUCUGGCUAAGCUGACAGACGAAUCAUUCCCAACGGAAGACACGAGUAAGGAUGUUAUCUACACAUACGCGGAAAUGUACGCUCGCAUCGACAAGGUGCUCCAGGCCCUCGACACGGUUGACAAAGACUUCAUCCUCGAACAUUGUGAGGCCGUUAAGCCCACACCUCUGGGGGCUGAUAUACAACCACUGUCUGGGAUUACCUACGCGUGCAUUAUGCAGGCUAACAUCUUCUUUCAUGUGGCUACUGCCUAUGGCAUCUUGCGCAAGGAAGGUGUGCCUCUUGGCAAGGUGGAUUAUAUUUUGCCUUUUGUAACUUCCUGA